UCCAGGCUACUCUGCAUUGAAGUCGCUUAUAAGCGAGGCUGUACAUAGGAUUCGGUUCGAUGGUGGUGGGAUUUUCUACACUCCAUCACGUUCGUACUUCUCAAAGAUGGGUGCAGGGAAGUUUGAGGAUUGCUAUUUCCACAAAUAUUUCAAGGUCACAUUGUCACCCCUCACUCUCCUAACCACGCCUCUCUUCGCGUCUUCGCCUCUUCCCUGUCUCUUUACUCCGUAAACAUACCUACCUGGGUCUCAUCAUGACCACGAAAUCGGUUUCACCCCGCAAACUCGCAGCUUCGGACCCAUUCUCCAUCGGAUUGCCUUCACCUGAAAAGUAUCCUGCCUCACACACCACUUCUAAUGAGAAGCCGCGCAGCCUGCGCAGGUUAGCAUCUCACAGUCAAUUGACCUCCACUGGAAAUAUGGGCACCCAAUCCUCAAACCUAAGGCCACGACCAACACUUCCCAUGAGACCGUCACGCGAGCAGCUCCCUCAGCUUCCAUCAAUCUCGUCUACCGCCGCCUCAUAUACCACUGCCACCAACUCCUCUCGAGCCCGUGCCAAUAGCGAUGCUCCUCAACCUUUCGUUCCACGCAACUCUCGCAAGUCAGGCGUCACCUCUCCUUCCUCAAACCACAUAGCCACUCAUGCUCGCAAAUCCAGCCUGGAAAUGACUCUAAGAGAUGGACCUCCUCCAGGCACAACUCCAGCCACAGCCCUGUCGCUACUGCGGCAUUCGAUAUUGACCAGUGGUGUCACAGCGACAAAAGAAGGCAUGUCAGAUUUCAGGAUUUAUCUGUGGUCAACCUUCUUGAACGUUGCUCCCAUGCCGACAGACACUUACCUGAGUUACAUUCAUCGAAGUCGAAGUCCUGCAUACGAAAAGAUUUCCAAUGAUGUCUUCCGCACACUGGCGACAGACACUUUGUUCAAACGGCGUGUGACCGAUGCCAGCCUAACAAGGCUGUUGAACGCAACGGCCUGGCGCAUCCACGACGAACAGUCCUCCGAUCCUCCAGUUGCAUUUGCACAGAGAUACUCUCAAUCGACCUACCUGCAGGGAGUCAAUGUGCUGGCAGCACCACUGUUAUAUGCCUCUCGCUCCGAGGCUCAAGCCUACGCCCUUCUCACAUGUCUCCUUACCGAACACAUUCCGACGUACCUCUCUCCAACCAUGUCCGGGGUCCACAGAGGCUUGGACCUUAUCGAUCGCAUCCUGUCCUACAUCAAUCCUACUCUCUCUGCCUACCUGCUCAGCAAAUCCUUGCCAGCCAAGAUAUACGCCUUUCCCUCUGUAUUGACGCUUUGUGCGUGUACGCCACCACUUCCAGAAGUCCUCAAGCUGUGGGAUUUCCUGUUCGCGUUUGGCGUCCACCUCAAUGUCAUCUGCGUAGUGGCACAGCUGUUGCUGCUCAAAGACCAGCUUCUAAACGAACCAAGUCCUGCAAAGGUACUACGAAGCUUUCCGAGUCUAAAUGCAGAUGAGGUUAUCAAGAUGACGGUCUUGAUCGUCAGAGAGUUACCCGAGGAUGUUUAUCGUGAUGUGGUUGCCCAUGGUAGGGAGAUUUCGUGAUCGACCAACUGUACACGACGGUCUCAACAUCAAAUCAUCACGCCUCCAUGUCGUCCGGAGCGAGGGAUCUCCAGAACCUCGUCGGCACAACACAAUCAAAGAUGACGCAGUCUCGAACACAGGAUGUUGGUACGGAAGUAUGGCAAGUCGAAGCGGCAUUGUCCUCUGUCAAGAGCAAGGCGGAAAACAGCACUUGUGGCCCUUCUCAAUGUUCAUAUACCAGGAGGCAUAUCUUUCAGCCUGACUGCGAAGCAGAUGGCUGUGUCCCAUAGAUCUUGAAUGAGCCAGACUGAGCAAGCAAGGAUGUUUUCCAGCGAAACGAAGACGGCAAUGGUUACCAUGACCAACCACCUGGCACAAGCACACAACGUUGCGCGUAGCAAUGGCUAAAAGCCCGACCCCAU